AUGUCAGACGAUGCGGGUGCAGACAAUGCCUUUCCUAUGGGAGGCGAUGAUAUGAGUGAUGAUGACAUGGGUAUGCAGCAGGAACUGCCGGAAGGCAUCAAGAAAGAAAUCGUGAAGGAAGCACCGGAGGCUAACUACUCGAUGCCGAAGGCAGGCGAUGAGGUGACGGUGCACUAUGUUGGCACCUUGGAGUCUGACGGGACCGAAUUCGAUUCUUCACGCUCCCGCAACAAACCGUUUACGUUCAUCAUCGGCAAGGGACAGGUGAUAGAGGGAUGGGAUCUCGGCGUGGCAACGAUGAAGAAGGGCGAGGUGGCCAAGUUCACGAUCGCCCCGGAGCACGCUUACGGUGACAGUGGUUCUCCGCCAAAGAUCCCAGCCAAGGCCACCCUCAUCUUCGAAGUGGAACUCCUGGAUUUUGUAAACCAGGAAGAUCUUUUCUCAGAUGGUGGUGUCGUGAAAGUCAUGGUCAAGGAGGGUUCCGGUUGGAAGGUGCCCCAGAUCAACACCGAGCUGAAGAUCUCCCUCAAGGCCUGCAAGCCGGACGGAACUGUCAUCGAGGACAAGGGAUCUUUCGAGUACACGAUGGGAUCUGAAGGUCUGGGGCCGCUGACCAAAGCUGUGGAGAAGGCAUUAUUUCGCAUGAAGAAGGGCGAGCAGUGCAAGUUGCAGUGCUCGAAGGACUACGCCUUCGGAGACUCCCAUCCAGAUGGCGCUGUCAUCGACUUGGCGAUUGAGGAGUUCUACGAAGUCACGGAUGUUUCUAUGGCAAAAGACAAGUCGCUGAUGAAGAAGCAGAUCAAAGAGGGCGAGGGCUACGAAAGGCCGAAAGAGAGUGCCAAAGUCUCCCUGAAAGUGGAGGCUGCUACGGAUGGCUCUGCGCCACUGCCCGGGUUUAGUGCAAAAACAUUAGAGUUUGCUGCUGGUGAUGGGGAUGCUUGUGAUGCCCUGGAGCUCGCCGUAAUGGACAUGAAGAAAGGUGAAAGGGCAGUUCUGACCUGCAGCUCUCCCUCAAUGUGCCAGGAACCUCAGCUCGGCCUGGGGCAAAUCACGUCGGACAAGGUGAUCUUCACUUUGGAGCUGACCAGCUUGGAUAAAGCAAAAGACAUCUGGGACAUGUCAGAGGAUGAGAAGGUUGAGUUCGCCUCAGCUCGCAAGGAGGUUGGUGGGAAGCUUUUCAAGGCAGGCCGCUUCAUGCUGGCAAUGGAGCGGUACAAGAAGGUUGUCGACAUGUUCAGCUACACCGACAACUACCAAGCAGAAAACAAGGCGAAAGCAGCUGAUAUGAAGAAGGCCUGCACCCUGAACAAGGCCGCGUGCCAGCUGAAGUGUGAGCUCUUUGCGGAUGCGAAGACCUCUUGCAACACGGUCCUAAAGGACGACUCGACAAACUUGAAGGCACUUUUCAGACGAGCGCAGGCGGAGCUUGGCCUCAAGAACUUCGGGGACUGCACUCGAGAUGUGAAGCGCAUCUUGGAGAUUGACCCCAAGAACAGAGAGGCGAGAGUAUUGGCAAAGGAGGCAGCAUCUGGGCAGAAGGAGGAGGAUAAGAAGUCCAAAGGCCUCUUCAACAAGAUGUGCUCAGGUCUCGGCAAGGGGCCCAUACGCGAACCCUACAAGGAGCGUCGAUUCGAUUUCGAUGCCGACGAGGACGAGGGUAUGCAAGAAGAGGGAGAGGCAAAGGCCGCGGCAUUGGGCUUUGGCCGAAAGAUCCUUGCACCCCUCGAUCAGAUGUCGCGCAUCGGCUCGUGCAACUUCCGUGAGAAGGAGAAGAGCUUCAACACUCAGGCACAAGGUGAAGAGAAGCCGCAGAUCAACGUGCUCCCACCGCAGGCGCCGCAGCCAGAGGAAGUCUGCGCUGAAGAGCCUCUGCCUGGCAAAGAGGAGGAUUCCGCUGAUGCGGAGGAGGAAGAGAUACAGCCAUCUCCCGUCAGAGCAGCAGAACGCCCAGAUGCUGAGACUGGAAGCAGUGGCUACUUCUCCAAUUCGAAUAGCUCCCACAGCGACAGUGAUGCCAGCGACCCCUGCUUCUGGAAGCCAAGAAGAGUUCAGAGCGACAGCAGCGCGGCAUCGGCCACUAGCUCGGAGUACUUGCAGGCCGAAGCUCAGAGACGAGAAGUGGAAAGGCUAACGGCGCAAGUUCCUUUGACUGAUGCUGGCAAGCCCACAUCUGUGGGGAGCAUCAACCAUCCGAGUGGCUGCUGUCCAUGUAUGUUCUUCGCCAGACCUUCCGGGUGCAUACGCGGAGUGCAAUGUGAGUUUUGCCACUUUCCGCAUCAAGUCAAUGUAAAAAAGCAUUUGUCUGCACAGAGGAGUGCAGGAAAUCGUGCAGCACGCAGCCAGGCCCUACUCGUAGGGUAA